CCGGUUAGUAUCCAUAGUGCCUCAAUACAAGACGGUACAACAUCGCGAAUAAUUUAUUUAUUUAUUAUUUAUUUGUUCGUAUUCUCUUAUCAAGUUAUUAAUCUGAUCCUAGCAAGGCAGGUUAGAUAAGCAUAUUACUUUUAAUCUAACACAUAUUCAUAGUUAAUAAUUAACAUGUUAUACUAAUUUAUUUAAUAAAACCAACAUUUAAUUUCACUGUGAAUUAACCCUUAUAUUUAAUGACUAUUUAAAGUAUCGCGCAAUUUUUAUUUUAUUUUAUUUAGUGAAAAUCAAGUUCAUAUCAUAAUACAGGAUAAUCCUCUAAAGAAAUAAAUCAAGUGAAUCAUAAAUCAUGGCGACAGAAGUGGGAUCAGAUAUCGCUCUUAUUCAAGACGAAGACGAACUUAGAAGGAUGUGGAUGCAAACGGAAGAUUUCGGAAAAAAGAAAGAAAUACGAAUGAAAAUGUACAAACUUCGAGAACAACGAUUAAAAGAAUUUUACACCUCAGGAGAAAUGAUUUUAACAGAAACAACAUCAAAACGAUCAUCAACCAGAACACAUACUGAAUCUAUUGCUGAUCAAGGGUUUAUGACUAUGAAAAGUAAGGAGAUUCGUGAUUCUGAAUCCCCUACUGAAGAAUACCAACGCCAGUCAAUUAUUGAGAAAAAUUUUCAAGCUAAUUCAAAAAAUAUUAACUCUAAUGUCAACGGAGACGCGAUUCAAGUAGAACCAUCUUUUUAUAUUCAUCCUGUUGAAGAAAUUAUAGAAAGCUCAAUACAAACAUCCAUGACAAAUUCAUCAUCGUCUAAGAGGGAAUCAUCGCAGACUAUUCUAUCAGUAUCAGAAGAAACUCAAAAGGUAGAAACUGAUUUUAAUACGAAAUCUAUAACAAAUAAACAUGCGAAUUCGAAUGAUGAACAGUUUUUGACUUCCGAUAUUUCUAAUAAUAAGUCCAAUAAUUAUGAUAUUAAAAAUAAGAUUUCAGAGUCUAUAUCUACUUCAUCUUUUGAAAACAUAACACAAAACGAUAAAAAUUCAAUUUCAAAAGACCAUGAGACAAGUAUUGAAAAUACAAUAUCUUUUAAUGGAAAUAAAAAUAUUUUUGAACCAAUAUCUGAAACAACUUUUAUUAAAAAUAACUACUCUGAAGAAAGCAACUAUAAAACAGAUUCUUGUGAAUCAAACAAUAAACAAUCAUCUUCGACGACGAAUAAUAAAUUUGUCAAUGAAUUACAAAAGCCUGAACCUUACUUAGAACAAUCCAAAAAAGACGAAACGUCUUCUUUUGAUUUAUCUCAAUUAAAAGAACAAAAUCAAAAAGAAGUAAUUGAAAAACAACUUUUAUCGUCUGACUCACAUAAAGAAAAUAUUGAUGGUCAGUACACUACAACCUACAAUGAUUCAUAUCAAACACCGAAAAUAAGUGUUGAUUUAAGUCCAACACAUGAAGCUUUUGCCAGAAGUUUAAGGUCUACUCCUGAACGAUCUAGUCCUUCUCCUUGUAGAGACAGAACUGGUUCAGAACAAAGAUUUAAAUCACGAAGUCCAGAAAAAUUUAGAACGUCCCCAGAAAAAUCUCUUAGCCCACCUAGAUCGAUAAAAUCAACAACUAGGAGGAAAUUGUCCUCGACAUAUGAAAAAGAUAUUUCAAAAAAACGAGCUAGCACACCAACUCGAGACAAAAAGUAUGAUUCAUCAGACGAUUCUGAAUGUUCUGCAGCAACACAUGGUACUUAUGACAAAUAUUCAAAUUCUAAAGAGAAAAGAUCAUUAUUUUCCGAAAAUAAAAUAAGAACUUCAUCUACAAAAUUUGAUAUCAUUUCUAAUAGUUCCGAAUUAAAAAAACAAUCCAAUUCUAAAAGCCCUGAAUUCAGAGAAAAAUCGCCUGGUUAUAGUAGUGAAGGGUCAGUAGGAAUAGAAAUCCAAAAAUCUACUCCUAGACCAAAAAAUAAUUUUCAUGAUAGUAGUCCUGAAAGAAGUGCAUUCAAACCAGUUAAGAAUUUUAGUACUUCACAAACGCAAAAUACAAUCAAAUGUGACAAGACUUACACAUUACAAGAAGAUAAAAAAAAUACAAAUAGUUAUAAUACUCAAAAUAAAACUGAUAAAAAAAAUAAUUUCAUAAAAAUAAAAAAAAUUACUGAUGAAGAUAAUAUUAAUGAAUCUAAAGUGAAAACUCAGUAUGAAUAUCAAAAUAAAAACAAUACUUCGGCAAAUAUAUUAGAUUUAGAUAGAUUUAUAAUAGCAGAAAAAGACUAUAACACUGAACAACAAGAACAAAAUAGUAAAAAAAGGUCAAGUAUUAGUAAUGAUAAGAUUCUUAAUGAAAACAAUAUCGAUAAAAGUAUAAAUGACCAAAAACAAUUCAUAAUAAAAGAAAAAUCAAACAUAAAAAUUCAAGAAUUCGACCAAACAAAUAAAAAAGAUCGUGCUGAUGAAGUUGAUCAUAAAAAGAAAGAAAAAUCACCUGUAAAACAAGCCAAAAUAGACAUUAAAAAAACUUCUUCUUCUUCAAGCAUUAAAAAUUAUGAAAAAAAAAAUAUUUCGUCAUUUGAUCGCAAAUCUGAAAACCAAACCAGUAGUGAUAAAAGUAAUACAAUAGUUCCUCAAAAAACAACAGUUGCAGCACCUUUAUCACCAACGAAGAAAACAACGUCUUUAAACUUAGAAAAUACAUCGUCAAGAAAAAAUAUUGUACAUAGAAAUUCAAACGACUUAAUAUUACAUAAAACUGUAAAAAAAGACUUAUCUAGAGAUAAAGUUGAUAAGAAACUAACCAAAACAAAUUCAAAAACUUUAUUAAAUAAUAAUUAUAAAGAAAAUAUUUCAAAAACAAUAAUUAAAAAACCAAGUCAAGAAAGAUUAAUUAAUCAGAAAACUACGAUUUCAUUUCGUAAUAAAAUUACUUCACCUGAAAAUAAACUUAAAGUCCAGGAAAUAAAAAAACCUAUGGAAAAAAAAGAUUCAAAAGAAAAAAUUAAACAUCAAUUUAUUUCACAGGCUUCACAGAGCAAAUUAAAAUCAACUACUGAUAUUAAAUCACCAACGAGUAUUACGAAAAAUAAUAUAGAAAAUAUUAAUAACAAAAAAAGUUCUAUUUCAAAUGCUGUAAAAGUUAAUCAGAAAAACAUUACUUCUAAGCCGAGUAUCUGUAUUACUCCAACCAGAGAAUCUAAGUCUUUUCCUAAAGCUAAUACAACUAUAACAAAAAUUCAAACCAAAAAAACGGAGUGUACUGAUUUUACUUACAAAGGAAAUAAAGUAGAAUCAAUUAAGAAGAACACAGAUAAACAAACAAAAGUUAUAGAAGAUGAAUUGCCACCUGAAAUGUUUGAAAGUGGUAGUGAUUUAGAUGAAUGUGCACAGAAUCCUAAUGAUUACAUCCCUAAAGACUCACCACAUUAUUCAUCGUCAUCAUCGGAAGAUGAAUAUAAUAUAGAUGAUAAAAAAAAAAUCGAUGAAAUAGAUGAUAUUAGGCACAAAGCCGAAGAAGAAUAUGGUGAAAAAAUGAUAAAUAAAGAUGGUUUAUUAAACGUUAUUGUUCAAUUACCACCAUCGUCUAGAGAAUCAUCUCCAGAAUAUUCUGUAAGGUUUGGAAAAAAUUAUAGCUCUGUUUCAGAUGAUGCCAGUUUACCUAGGUAUGCCGAUGCAGUUAGCGAACCGGAAGAUGUUAAUGAUUAUAAAUUUUCGAAUAAUAAAUAUGAUCAAGUAACUGAUUUAGAUGAAGAAAUAAAUGUCACAGUAGCAGACCGAGUAACUAAAUUUUUAAAGAACGCCAAUAAACAUGAAGAUAUAAAAAGUACAGUAGUACCUAAAAGCCCACAAGCUGUCAGAAAAACUAAAGAAAUAUUUGAGUCAAUCGCUAAAGGACAGACAGAUGAGACUAAACUUGAAAGUGUUUGUGAAAACGAAUCACAAAUUGAUCACCUGUCAGAUAUUCACGAGGAAACUAAGCAGACUAAUCUUAGUAAAAUGUCCGAUUUCCAAUCAGAAAUUGAGCAAACUAGUGUAAAUAAUACAAUUAUUAAAAAAAUGUCAGGUAUAUCCGACUAUAAAAAUAGAAAGGAAUUUUUUGAAAAUAAGAAGAAUGAUUCUCAAACUUUGAGAGACUUUGCAGAAAAAUCUACUCCAUAUGUUUCAAAAAAUUUAUCUGUUUCGAAUUCAUUGAAAGAUAGACGCGCAUCAUUCGAAACAAAAAUCGAUAAAAAAACUCCAUUACAAGAUAAAACAAAUGCGCCUAAAACAGUUCCAUUAGAAACUAAACAGAAAUCGCCUAAAAUAUUUAGUAAAAGCCAAACUAAAGAAUUUACAACAGAUAUUUUUGAUGUAAAAGUUGAGGAAAUUAAGAAUAAUCGACGGCUAUCGGGUUCAAAAUCUUUUAAUGACCGAGCUAAUAUCUUUGAAAAAAAUGAGAAUGUUUCAAAACCAAAUAAGGUAACAAAAUAUGUUAAAAAUACACCACAUAUUCCAUUGACAUAUACUAAUGAAAACUCAAUUAGUAAAAACUCAGAAAGAAAGUUGAUUAAUAAUAUAAAAGAUGACUCUAGUUCCGAGAGAGUGUGUAAAAAUCAUGAAAAAACUGUUGUUGAUAAUAACCUACAAAAAAAUUUAUUAGAAAAACGAUCUUCUACUGAUGAUUUUGUUAAUAGGAAAACAUUAAAAAGUCCAGAAAGAGGCACAAAAAACAUAAAUGAGAGUAAAAUUGAAAGUCGUUAUUUACAGAAUACAACAGCGUCAUUAGCAAAGAUUGAUACGUCAUUAAAACAUUCUGCAACGCCUCAAAAAACUACAGCAACUUCCCAACAUACACUAUCCCAUAAAAUUGAUGAAGAUAUAAAAAUUGAAGAAAUAUUCGAUCUAGCAGUUUUAGAAAUAAUGCUUGAAAAAGCUGUUGGUUAUGAUCGCAGAAGAAGAAUAAGAACACAAAUUCGGUUAGUAAAACGUCAAUUAGAAUCCAUAAAUGGAAAAGAAACACAAUCUGUCAUAACUACAACACACACAAAAAAGAGUGUUAGAGAAGUUUCACCGCCACCACCACAAAAACAAAGUAGCUUCACUAUUGAAAUCAGGGAAUCAACCAACAAAACAGAAACCGCAAAACACAUAAGCCCGUCACCUCAGUACACGCGAACAAAACCAGCUAACAAGUCUAGAUCACCUUCCCCUCAAAAAAUUAAUCUAAACAUAAGUAAAAAUCAAACUUCUGUAUCUCAAAAAAUAUCAACUGUUGUAAAAGAAAGAUCUCCGUCACCUCAAAAAACACAAAUUGAAAAAACACGAUCUCCUUCACCAAAGAAAUCUGUUAUCGAACACCUAGAGUCUAAUAAACACCUUAAUAAAAAUACUUCAACAUCUAAAAAUUCUCAAUUCAAUUCUUCAACCACAACGACUACAACUAGCACAUCAAUUAAAGUAAAAAGUGAACAAGUAACUAAGAAAACUGGCACGAAUAAUUAUUCAACUGGUCAGAACGUUACCGACUCUAUUACUUCGAGUUAUGGUGUAGGUCCUACAGAUGAUAAUGGGAGACCAUUAUUUGGUUUAAGAGCUCUUAGAAAAACUAAUACCAGUCAAUCGAUUAACGUGAAUGAGCCAUGUGCAUAUCGAAUUGAAGAACCAGAGUCUCCAGCAAUUUUAAAUCAAACGAACUCAUCUCUAUUUGGAUUGAAAGCAUUGCAAACUGAAAAAUCGUGUAGGAUAGAAGAAUCUAAAACAGUAGUUCAAAAACAAAAAGGCGUUGUUGACCAACUAAUUACUGACAACAAAGGAAAACCACUUUUUGGACUAAAAGCACUUCAAAGUGUUAGUAAGAACGACGAACCAUUAUACGAAGACAUGCCAGAGCCACCGGUAUCGCCUCAAUUAAAAGAGCUGGUACUUAAGCAUGAACGACAUGUCGCUAAUGAAAAUUCUAAAUUAGAGUCACAACCUCGUCAAAAACCUAAGGCUAAAUUUAGAGAUAGUUUUAUAUUGGACACUAAAGAUGAAGAUUUGUAUUCUACAUUUAAACAGAAUGGAUUUAAUGAUACAAAUUCAAUUAAUUUAAGUUCAAUAAUAAAAAAAAAUGAAAAUGAAGAUAGCCAAAACAAUGAAUCCACGAUAAUAAAAAGCAAAAGUCAGUCUACCGUGUUUCAAUCGAAAAGUUGUAUGAAAUCUGAUGGAGCCGGAAACGUUUCGGUCACGCAAGACUUCAUUAAAGGUGAAGUUUCUUCUGUGAAUGGCCAAGAACCGUCUGGAAAAGUAACUCAAAGUCAUUAUACUUAUCAUAGCCCUAAUGAAUUGGAUAAUCCAAAGGGUAUUUCUAAAGUUACCACAGUUACUAAGGAAAUUGGUGGAAAUUCUACCGGUCCCGAAAUCACCGAAAUUACUGAAGAAGUGGAAAAUUCUGACCGUCUCGAUGGUAAUAAAGUAAUAAAAAGAAGUCGCACGAACGACAAAUUUGAAAGUAUUCAAAAGAGGUUCAGCCAAGAAAGUUUUGAUCAAGAUUCAAGGCGUUCGUCUAGGGAAAGCAACAAGUAUGAAAAUACCGACGAAUCUCAUGUAACUACAUCCAAUACGCCUAAGUCAACCCUAGCCCGCGGGGACUCUAUACGAGCUCUUCAGCAUAAAUUCCAACAAGCCACUGUUUCGUCAAGUAUGAAACAAAACAAAGCUGUAAAAAGUGAAUCUUUUAAGAAUGUUCAACAGAUUGAACAAUCUAAUUCGACAGUCAACACUAAAAUUAGCAGCACUUCAAAAACGGGUGCUACCUCAUUUUUAGACAAUAGUUCUAGAGUAACGGGUGUUCAAGACGUCUUGACUAGAAUGCGUAACGCAGAUUUGGUCGUAGAGAACGGAGAUACUAAUGAAGAUUCUGAAGCUCGUUCCUUACUAAACAAGUUCCUGGGUGCAUCUGUCAUUCUUCACGGAAUGGAACAAGGUGCCAAAUCUCCUACUUCAAGUUCAGUUAACACCACUACUUCAAAUACAAGCAGUGCUACACUUGUAAACCGAGUAGAAAAACAACGUAAUCAGAGUUCUCCUUCAAUCAAAGUAAAUUUGACCGAACAAGAGCUUGAUAACAUUUGGGACGCAAAACAACUACAAAUUUUGUUGGAGUCUUGUCCGGACUACGAUCAAAGGAGAAAAAUUAGAGCCAGGCUACGUCAAAUAAUGGCCGAACAUAAAGUGUGUGCUGAUGUUAUUGCCUUAGCAGCUAAUACAGAUAAUACUGGCAGCAUUGAAAAUAGUGAAACUACUACUGAGUCAAAAUCGUCGACUGUAUCAAACAAUACCGAAAACGGAUCGUAUGUGAAAACUGAAGUGCACACUAGGACAACAUCUUCUAGUAAUCGCCUCACUAAAGCUAAUAGUGUAAGCGCCUCGCCGUUUGCAAAGUUUCAGCAACUCGAACGGCAGAACUCAGCUCCAAACUCACAAACGCGUCCUUGCUAUAAAUUCACCGAUCCCGCUCUGGCGCGGAGCGCUUCAUCAAUCAAAGACCGCCUACUCAGCUGGGUUAAGGCUCAGACGAAGGAAUAUAAGAACAUCCAAAUAACUAAUUUCUCAACAAGCUGGAGUGAUGGCCUCGCAUUCUGUGCCCUCAUUCAUCAUUUUUACCCAGAUGCUUUCGACUACGACAAACUAACACCAGAAAAAAGGAAGGAAAAUUUCGAACUUGCUUUUAAAGUAGCAGAAGACGAAGCUGGAAUUGUUCCUUUAUUGGAUGUUGAAGACAUGGUGAUUAUGCGAAAACCAGAUUGGAAAUGCGUGUUCACUUAUGUUCAAACAUUCUACCGACGAUUCCAUAACAGUCCACAAGCUGCUAAACCAUCAUUAUUUUAACAUGUUAAUGAAUACUUCGUUUUUACUUAUAGUUGUUUAUUUACUUAUAUUGUUUUUUCCUUUAAAUACUGCAGCUAGACUUGUUAUAAAAGUUUCCUUUAUUGUU